ACUCUCCUUUGAGGAUAUUUCGUGGUAUAGAGCUGGUUCUCGCGCACGAUAUCCUGACUUUUUAGUCCUUGCUGCCCCGUUGUAGAAUUAGAUUCGAUUUUCCUAUCCAGCUUGAUAGCCAUGGCUUCCUCUCUUCUUCUUUCCUUGUCCCUGGUUGGACUUUCUUUGGCAGCGGAUCUCCAACAACGCGGUGGCCACCACGAAGCGAAUCUGUUCUAUGAGAUGCUCCAGGAUGACCUGGCCCGAUACUCCCUGCUGGCACUGGGCUGCUUCGCUGCCCUCAUCUAUAUCUGGAAGAUGUGGUUCCGUCUAGCGGGCCACAUGCGACGACUAGCAAGCUUCAGCAACGAGCACCAACGCUACUUCGUGCCUGCUCACUCGACCCUCGCAAAGCUCAAGAACCAUGUCAUCUACGCCCCAUUGUUCCGCAACCGACACAACAGGGAGUUCCAGCUGUCUCGGGCGGUUAACAUGGGCACCUUACCCAGCCGUUUUCAUACGUUGAUCCUUGUGGGGAUCAUCACCAUGAACAUCGUCCUAUGUGUGGUGACGGUGCCUUACAAGUCGGAUGAGGACACUGUCGCCGGUGUCAUCCGGAACCGCACCGGGACCAUGGCGACCGUGAACCUGAUCCCUGUGGUUCUGUUGGCUGGCAAGAAUAACCCCUUGAUUCCUCUCCUCCAGGUGCCGUAUGACACAUUCAACUUGAUCCAUCGCUGGCUCGCUAGGAUCGUUGUUUGCGAGGCUGUGGCCCAUAUCUUUGCCUGGGCUAUCCCAAAGGCACAGGAAGCUGGCUGGGACGUUGUGGGUAUGGUGUUUGGAAAGAGCAAUUUCCUCUUGAGCGGCUUGGUCUCUGGCUGCGCCUUCACUGCGCUUCUGGUGCACUCUCCCUCGGCAGUCCGUCAUGCGUUUUACGAAACGUUCCGCCAUCUCCAUAUUGCGUUCGCGGUCAUCUCGAUGGCCUUUCUCUGGAUCCAUCUGGACGGAAUGGUCUCCCAGAAGUACCUCCUAGGAGCCAUCAUUCUCUGGGCCUUGGAUAGGUUUGCCCGGAUAGUGAUCGUUGUGUAUCGUAAUAUUGGACGGAGCUCUACCACCGCUGAGAUCGAAGCGCUGCCCGGGGACGCCAUGAGAAUCACCCUGAAACUCGCCCGGCCCUGGACAUUCGAACCUGGCCAGCACCUUUAUCUGUAUAUUCCCGCAAUUGGGUGGUGGAUGUCGCACCCGUUCUCGGUUGUCUGGAGUGACUCCGAGGUUGCCAUGGCCGAUGAGAAGGGCCUCCCCAUGAACCAUGAUGAUACGUUCGGCCCUCAGAAGACUACAAUUUCUCUGCUUGUUCGUCGCCGAACCGGUUUCACGGACAAGCUCUUCCAACGUGCUGUGAACGCUGUCGACUGUCGACUUUCUCUGCGCGCAUUCGCUGAAGGCCCCUACGGCGGCAUCCAUUCUAUGGAUUCAUACGGUUCCGUUCUUCUGUUCGCUGGUGGUGUUGGAAUCACCCACAUAGUACCCUUUGUCCGUCACCUUGUUCAAGGAUAUGCAGACCGUACUGUGGCCGCACGCCGCGUCACGCUGGUGUGGAUUAUUCAGUCUCCCGAACAUCUCGAAUGGAUUCGUCCCUGGAUGACGAAUAUCCUGGCUAUGGACCGUCGCCGCGAAGUCCUCCGAAUCAUGCUAUUCAUCACACGUCCCCGGAACACCAAGGAGAUACAGAGCCCGAGUGCCACCGUGCAAAUGUUCCCCGGUCGACCUAACAUCGACACCCUGGUGGGCAUGGAAGUGGAGAGCCAGGUCGGCGCCAUGGGCGUUCUAGUCUGCGGGAACGGCAGUUUAAGCGACGACGUCCGACGGGUCUGCCGCAAGCGACAAGAUCGGACCCAAAUCGAUUUCGUCGAGGAGAGUUUCACGUGGUAGACUUGGACGUGACGAAUUCGCGCUGAAGUCUUUGUUUUCGGGGGAGGGGUUUCCGGCCUUGAUAUUUUGGGUCUGGCCUAGUCCCCAAUCCGGCUUUGGCCCGAUCGGUUGGUCUCUGUACAAUGCAGCCAAAGAAAGACGCCUUGCCUACUGAGAGCCCCCCCCGCUUGCACUGAGUACGGAGCUUCUUCCCAGUUGUGGUGCUGGGGAGUUCGAGAUCCUUUGGAACCUGCAAAAAUAUUGUCUCCGGUUUUUCCACGGGUAGCUACAAUGAGGAUCUGGGUUAUUUCUGGUUUCUAGGGCUAUAUAUCUAUAUAUAUAUUUCGGGCUUGGAUCCGGGUUUGCUGUAGAUAUGUCUUUCUGGCUCCGUAGCAAUACUACCACUGUCAAAAUGCACAGUUGACAACUUACUGUCGCGAGUACACCCAAUUCAGUACAGUAAAGCAGUCAAAG